GCGGAAAGCUGUGAGUGUGUAGCUGUGAGCAGGGCAAGCCAAACAGGGAAUGCACUUUAAUUCUUUACAGAGCUUUUUAAAGUCAGAAAAUAGUGUACACUGACGUUUUGACGCUUGGCACAAAGAAAAAUUACCAUUUUAGGAAGAGGUCUGCGUAGUCUAUGGCAUGUUUAUAGCUCUAAGCAGGCUAUACUUUGGGGGAAUUUCUUUGGCUCGUGAUUUGAGUGAUUUGCAUUAAUAACUGCCAUGGCUCUGGUGCUGUAUCUGAAAUCUGUAUCCGAGCUUCCAGGGAAAGGAGACCGACUCGCCAAAGUCUCAUUCCGAGGUCUGUCCUUCUACUCACGUGUCCUGGAGAACUGUGAGGAUGAAGCCAGGUUUGAGGAGGCAUUUCGUUGGCCAAUUGCCAGUAAAGUGGAUGGUAAUGAGAUGUUGGAGAUCCAUAUAUACAACUACAGCAAAGUCUUCACUAACAGGUUGAUUGGCACCUUUCGUAUGGUCCUACAGAAGGUCGUGGAAGAAGGCCAUUUGGAGGUGUCUGACACUCUUACUGAUGACAACAACACAUCAGUUCUGACGAGUAUCUCCAUAGAGAUCAGGUACCAGCCAGUGGAUGGGAGUGUGAGGGUGUGGAGUGAUGGAGAAUUCCUUGACGUUCCUGAUGAUCGUGAUGGAAUGUUCCAGUUUGAGACAGUGAGUCUGCUCUCAGUACACAGCCAGAGCUCAGGAACAUCGCCAGGACGAUCAACCCACAGCCUCCCCACUUUAAGGAAAGCAGGAAAAGGAGUGUUUUCAGCCAUGAAGCUUGGAAAGGUUCGCAGCUCCAAAGACAACCACAAGAAAGAUGAUCCUGCCAUCUUGGAAACUGAGGAUCUUGAUCAUAAAGGUAUAAAGCGUGAUCCUGACUCUAUCUCUCUGGCCUCCAUCACUGCAGUGACCACUAAUGUAUCCAAUAAGAGAUCAAAGCCAGAUAUUAAGAUGGAGCCUGUUGCAGGAAGGCCUGUGGAUUACCAGAUUAGCGUUAUGGUGAUUGAGGCUCGCCAGCUGUUGGGUUUAAACAUGGAUCCUUUGGUGUGUGUAGAGAUUGGAGAGGAGAAGAAGUAUACGUCUAUGAAAGAGUCAACAAACUGUCCUUACUACAGUGAGUACUUUGUCUUUGACUUCCAUGUUCCACCUGAUGUCAUGUUUGACAAGAUCCUGAAGCUUUCGGUCAUUCAUUCCAAAAACAUAUUGCGAAGUGGCACAUUAGUUGGCACCUUUAAACUAGAUGUAGGAACAAUCUACGCACAACCUGAGCAUCAGUUCUACCAUAAAUGGGCCAUCCUGACCGACCCUGAUGACAUCACAGCAGGCUGCAAAGGCUAUGUAAAGUGUGACAUAGCGGUGGUAGGGAAAGGGGACAACAUUAAGACCCCACACAAGGCCAAUGAGAUAGACGAUGAUGACAUAGAAGGGAAUCUUCUGUUGCCUGAGGGCUUCCCAGCAGAGAGGCAGUGGGCCCGCUUCUAUGUGAAGAUCUUCCGAGCAGAAGGCCUGCCCAAAAUGAAUGCCAGCAUCAUGGCCAAUGUGAAAAAGGCUUUAAUUGGAGAGAACAGAGACCUCGUGGACCCUUAUGUUCAAGUGCAGUUCUCUGGGCAGAAGGGGAAAACCACAGUCCAGAAGGGCACCUAUGAGCCCUGCUGGAAUGAGCAAAUCGUCUUCACUGAGAUGUUCCCACCGCUGUGUAAACGCAUGAAAAUUCAGAUCCGGGAUUCCGACAAGGUUAACGACGUUGCCAUAGGAACUCAUUUUAUUGACCUUCGCAAGGUUUCAAAUGAUGGAGACAAAGGCUUCUUACCCACACUGGGGCCAGCCUGGGUGAACAUGUAUGGCUCCACACGCCAGUACACACUAAUGGACGAGCACCAGGACUUAAACGAGGGGAUUGGAGAGGGUGUGUCCUUCAGGGCCCGUCUCCUCAUUGGUCUUGCUGUGGAGAUCUUGGACACAUCCUCUUCAGAUGUAAACAUCUCCACUGAAGUCCAGGUGGAACCCAUGACAAAUGUUUCAGAAGUUUCAACAGGGAAAGUAGAGGAUUUUUUUCUGUUUGGAUCCUUCUUAGAGGCCACUAUGAUUGACAGGAAGAUAGGAGACAAACCAAUCAACUUUGAAGUCACUAUUGGUAACUAUGGUAACCAGCUUGAUGGCGUGAGCAAGCCUGUAAAAAGGAAGAAGAAGGGCAAAGGAGAGGGUGAAGAUGAGGAGUCCGAGCUGAUCCAUAACUCCAGUGAUGAAGAGCCUGAGGAGGAUGGAGAGCUGGCAUCAGUGUCCUCUACCCCUCCCAUGAAGCCUGUAAUCACUGACAGCAAUUACUUCCAUUUGCCAUAUUUUGAAAAGAAGCCUUGCAUCUACAUCAAGAGUUGGUGGCAAGAUCACAGAAGACGUCUCUACAACUCAAAUAUCAUGGACAAGAUUGCAGAUAAACUGGAAGAGGGUCUGAAUGAUGUUCAGGAGAUUUUGAAGACAGAAAAGGCUUAUCCUGAACGCAGACUGAGGGGUGUUCUGGAGGAGCUGAGCAUUGGAUGCAAUCGAUUUGUCACCCUGGCCAAUAAAGAUCAGAAUCAGGCUGGUAUAACCAAAUUGGACCGGGAAAGGCUGAAGUCUUGUCUAAGAGAGAUGGAGAGCAUGGCCCAGCAGGCCAAGUCCAUGCGCUCACAAGUGAAGAAAAACACUGUGCGAGACAAACUAAAACUGGCACUGAAUUUCCUGCAGAAGCUCCGGUUCAUGGCUGAUGAGCCACAGCACAGUAUUCCGGAUGUGUUCAUAUGGAUGAUAAGUAACAAUAAGCGUAUAGCAUACGCACGCAUUCCUUCAAAAGACAUCCUCUACUCAAUUGUAGAUGAGGAGAUGGGUAGAGAUUGUGGGAAAGUCAAAGCUGUCUUUCUCCGGUUACCUGGAAAGAAGAGCUUUGGCCCAGCUGGCUGGACAGUUCAAGCUAAGUUGGAGUUGUACUUGUGGCUUGGCCUGAACAAACAAAGGAAGGACUUCUUGAGUGGCCUGCCCAGUGGCUUUGAGGAAAAUAAAGCAGCUACUAAAAGCACAGGCCUACAGCCUGUGCCUCCCAUUAACCUCGUCUAUAACAGUAUGCAGGUGUUCCAGCUAAGGGCUCACAUGUAUCAGGCCCGUAGCCUGUUUGCUGCUGAUGAUAGUGGCCUGUCUGAUCCUUUCGGCAGGGUCUUCUUUUCCACAUACAGCCAAGUCACAGAGGUGCUCAGUGAGACUCUUUGUCCAACAUGGGACCAGAUGCUGGUGUUUGAUAAUGUUGAGCUUUACGGUGAAGCCAGUGAACUCCGUGAUGACCCUCCAAUCAUUGUCAUAGAAAUAUAUGACCAGGAUACUGUGGGAAAAGCAGAAUUCAUUGGCCGAACUUUUGCCAAGCCCAUAACUAAGAUGGUUGAUGAGCAUUACGGCCCCCCACGCUUCCCGCCCCAGUUGGAGUACUACCAGAUUUAUAGAGGAAACUCCACUGCAGGAGAGCUGCUGGCUGCCUUUGAGCUUCUGCAGAUCGGACCAGCAGGAGUAAAAGAUCUCCCGCCUCUUGAUGGGCCAAAUGACGAAGACCAUGGUCCCAUCCUACCGGUGCCUCUGGGAAUACGGCCUGUCCUCAGCAAAUACCGUAUAGAGAUUCUGUUCUGGGGCCUGAGGGACAUAAAGAGGAUUAACCUAACACAGGUGGACAAACCUCGCGUGGAUAUUGAGUGUGCAGGAAAAGGUGUCCAAUCAGCCCUCAUUCAAAACUACAAGAAAAAUCCAAACUUCAGCACUCUGGUGAAAUGGUUUGAAGUGGACCUACCAGAGAAUGAGUUACUCCAUCCUCCACUGAAUAUCCGAGUGGUGGAUUGCAGAGCUUUUGGACGUUACACCUUAGUGGGCUCACACGCUGUCUCCAGCCUUCGCAAGUUCAUCUACAUACCGCCAGAUAAGAGGUCCAACAACUGGGCCAAUACAGCAAGACUGACCAAUGGCCUCAUGGCUCUUACCAAUGGAACGUCCCGUUCCCACCCCUGCUCUCGCCCCUUCUCUCACUCCUCAGGUGACAUUGUGAUCAACAUGAGCCCUGAGGCCAAUGUUAAGAAGAUGGACACUGUGGUCAAACUGGAUGCUACCUCUGAUGCUGUUGUUAAAAUUGAUUCGAACGAGGAUGAAAAGGAGAAAGAGAAGAAGAAGAAGAAGAAAAAGAAGGGAGAGGAGGUAGAGGAAGAGGAGCAAGACGAGAGCAUACUGGACUGGUGGUCAAAGUACUUUGUCUCAAUAGAGACAAUGAUGGAGAAUCUGCGCGCUCAAGAAGCAGCCAUGGCCGAGGCAGAAGAGCGAGAGGACUUGGAGAUUGCUGCAGAAGUGGCUGAAAUCAAAGUUGAUCAAUCUCAUGUGAAAGGCACCAAGACUAAAGAGAAAAACAAAGCCAAGAAAGACAAGAAGAAGAAUCAGAGCUGUGAAGUAGUGGAGAAAAAAGCUGCCAAACCCAAAGUGGAUGAGCUUGUGGUGUUCAAUAAGGAGCUGGAGACUGAAUUUGAAGACUUUGAGGACUGGCUUCACAGCUUCAACCUGUUUAAAGGAAAGGCUGGAGAUGACGAUGACAACAGUGUGGUGGAUGACGACCGGAUCAUGGGCCGAUUCAAAGGCUCACUGUGUGUGUACAAGCUGCCCCUUUCAGAAGAAAUCACCAAAGAGCCUGGAUUUGAUCCCAAUAUGGGCAUGUUUCAGAAUAUACCACACAAUGAUCCCAUCAAUGUCCUAGUGAGGAUUUACAUUGUUAGGGCAACAAACCUUCACCCUACUGACCUAAAUGGGAAAGCUGAUCCCUACAUUGUCAUCAAGCUGGGAAAAACAGAGAUCAGGGACAAGGAUAAUUACAUCUCUAAGCAGCUCAACCCUGUUUUCGGGAAGUCCUUUGACAUAGAGGCCACAUUUCCAAUGGAGUCGAUGCUGACGGUGUCAAUUUUUGACUGGGAUUUAGUUGGCACUGAUGACCUGAUUGGAGAGACCAAGAUUGAUCUGGAGAACCGUUUAUACAGUAAAUACAGAGCCACCUGUGGCAUCGCAUCCACCUAUUCUCUCCACGGCUACAAUGUGUGGCGUGAUCCUCAGAAACCCUCUCAGAUACUCGCUAAGUUGUGUAAGGAUGGCAAGCUGGAAGAGCCACAUUAUGGCCCAGGUGGAAAGGUCAAGGUUGCAAACCGCAUCUUUUUGGGGCCAACAGAGAUUGAAGAUGAAAAUGGUCUGAAGAAGCCAACAGAUGAACAUUUGGCACUUACUGCACUGAAGCACUGGGAGGAAAUACCUCACGUAGGCUGUAAACUCAUCCCAGAACACGUAGAGACCAGGCCUCUUCUCAAUCCGGAGAAACCAGGCAUAGAGCAGGGGAGAAUUGAGAUGUGGGUCGACAUGUUCCCAAUGGAUGCGCCUGCACCAGGACCAGCCUUAGACAUAUCACCACGAAAACCAAAGAAAUAUGAGCUCAGGGUGAUAAUAUGGAAUACUGACGAGGUAAUUCUGGAAGACGAUGAUUACUUCACAGGGGAAAAAUCCAGUGACAUUUUUGUCAGGGGCUGGCUGAAAGGCCAGACAGAAGAUAAGCAGGACACAGACGUGCACUACCACUCUCUGACUGGAGAAGGAAACUUUAACUGGCGCUUCGUCUUUCCCUUUGACUAUCUUGUGGCUGAGGAGAAAAUUGUGGUCUCCAAGAAAGAGUCCUUGUUCUCCUGGGAUGAGACAGAGUACAAGAUUCCUGCCCGCCUCACCCUGCAAGUGUGGGAUGCUGACCAUUUCUCUGCAGAUGACUUCUUAGGUGCAAUUGAGCUAGAUUUGAACCGGUUUCCUAGAGGCGCGAAAUCAUCAAAGCUGUGCUCCCUUGACAUGAUUAUUAAUGAGCAGGAGCUGCCGACCAUCUCGAUCUUCAAACAGAAAAGAGUGAAGGGCUGGUGGCCUUUUAUGGCACAAAAUGAGAACGAUGAGCCAGAGCUCACGGGUAAAGUGGAAGCAGAGCUCCAUCUAAUGACAGCAGAGGAGGCAGAGAAAAAUCCUGUUGGCCUUGGAAGGAAUGAGCCAGAGCCACUGGAAAAACCAAACCGGCCCGACACCACCUUCCUCUGGUUCCUGAGUCCGCUUAAGGCUGUGCGCUACCUGGUGUGCACCCGCUACAAAUGGCUUAUCAUCAAAAUUAUCCUGGCCAUACUGCUGGUGAUCAUGGUGGCCCUCUUCAUCUAUAGUAUGCCUGGCUACCUGGUCAAGAAGAUGCUGGGUGCAUGAGGAAACCAGAGAGAAACAGGGUGUUUUAUUCCACCUCUCCUCUUCAUAGUCUGCAGGAUUUCAGUUUCAUUCAUCUACACUGAUGCUGCUUUAUGCCUUUCCUAAAAAUUCUCCUUCCAGAUGAUUUACUAAUCCACACUGUUGCACACCAAGCAUAUCUUACAUUCCUCAAGAACUUUUUUAUUGAUUUCCACCAUUAUGUAUAUCUACCUGCCAAUCAAUAAACUUUUUUUCCUGAUUUAUACUAUUUAUUUCAGCAAGAAAUUAAGGUAUACACACACUGACCUCUUUAUUAGGAAUACUUGUACACCUGCUUGUACUUCAUGCAAUUAUUCAAUCAGCCAACGAUAUGGUUGCAGUGUAGUGGUUAAAAUGUCAAAAUCUGGACCGCUGAAGUUGGUGAACCUGUGCUGACUAUAGCCUACAACCAUGCCACGGUCAAAGUCAUUAAGAUCACAUUUUUUUCCCAUUCUGAUGUUUGAUAUGACCAGUAACUGAAGUUCUUGACCAGUAUCUGCAUAAUGUAUGCAUUACACAUCUGCCACAUGAUUGGCUGAUUAGAUAAUUGCAUGAAUCUCCAGGUGUUCCUAAUAAAGUGGAUGGUGAAUGUAUGUCUUUUCAUUCAUACUUUAAAGAUAUAGUAUGCCUUGCUUGAGUUUCUGUGUAAAUUGUUCUAAAAUGUCAAAACUUGCAGCUGAUGACAUAAUUAGCAUGCGACAAAUUCUUGAAAAAAAGAGUGAUACAUAGGACAUACUAAAAUAGAAUUUCAAGAUCUUGCUAUAUGUGAAAAUUUUUCCAGCACAGAAUUUCAGAACUGUGUUAUCAUUCUUCCUACUAUCCAGCUGUUGAUUUACAUUGUUUGCAGUGUACACUGUUUUUGUACUUGCUUGCUCUUCUACUGUUUCUUGUGAUUGUGUGUACUGAUCAACAAAUUUGAUAACUGACUUGAUUGCACUGAAUCUGACUUAUUUAUAUUAUGAAGGGUGUAUAGUUCUUGUUUAACAGUGUGAAACAUUGAACUAUUGAUUAAUUUAUUUUUGUCUGUAUGAAGAUUGAAUAAAAUGUACUUAUUGAAAUAAA